UUUGAAGAUAAUUUUUCUAUUGCGCUGCAGAUUUGAAUAAAUUAACACCGCCCUCUUCAGGAUAUGAUUUCCUGCUGUUCGGGUGUCUUCGGCCUCCUCCGACUGUUUUUUACCUGUCUGUGCAUGCAUCCCAUCGUCGGGGCUACGGUCUAGCCCCAAGGCGAUUGCCAAACAUCCCCGGAGUAACAAUAAAUAAAUAAAAAAUUUAAACAAUGUGGAAAUUUAUAAGCCGGGGAAUUCGCGAAUCGAUUGAACGUCGGGCAUGUCGUACAAAUGUUUACUCCCAACCAACGAGCGAAGAGUGUAAUAGUGAGGCUAAAUCCAGUGCAAACGUUAAAAAAUCGAGUCUGACAAAUUGUCGUUACACCAAUGGAUUCUGUGGUUUCUUCAACAAUCGAGGGGCCAAGGACAAGAAGACUGGCUGGAGUGCAGAGAAAACCCUCUCCGAUGUUCUAGGAUGGUCCAGUAUCUUGGCUAUCGGCUGGGCAAUCUGCCAAACCCCCUGCAUCAGAAGAAACAUAUUUGACAGGAAUAGGAAUGACAAGUCCGCUUACAGGAUCUUCAAGUGCCCCAAGACUCAGGUAUCUUAUCUGGUUAAGCAUGCACUGAGUCUGCACCCGAAACAUGUGCUUCCUGUCACCAAUUGCGUUGGUAAUGAUGGGCUGAAUGUGGGGGACUGGGAGCAGAGACCUUAUGGUCCCAUCACUGUUGAAGAGGCUCUGGGAGCAGCUAGGGAGGAGUAUACUCGAACCCAUAGGAUGGUAAUGGGUGAAUUCGAGUUGCGUUAUGGGAUCAAAGCCCUCGAGGAGCAUCGAUAUAGCGACGCGAUGGAGCAUUUUCUAGUCGGAGCACAACUGAAGUCGCCAGGGAGCAUGUUUAAUCUAGGGCUGUGUUACGAGCUGGGGAUUGGCACAAGAACAGACCCAGUGAAGGCCGUUGAAUACUACAGGAGUGCAGCUGAAAAUGGGCACGCAGGUGCGAUGUACAAUCUUGGAGUUUUUCACGCCCAGGGGAGAGGGGGUCUUCCGAUAAAUCUCAAAGAGGCACAUGAAUUAUUUACGAGAGCAGCGGGUCUGGGCCAAACCGAGGCUCAAGAUGCUCUAAAGCUCGAAAAAAUCAUGACAAAAGAAGCAUCGACUGGUGGCUCGAUGGAUCCAUCAUCACAGUCAGACGAUUACUCUUCCUACCAGUACAAGGACCCCUUCGCAGGUAUCCCAGACCUUCCUGAUACAUCCCUCGAGAACUACGACUCUCUGUACAACAGGAGUCACAUAAAAACCUCGACAGAAACGUUUCUCGAUUUCCUGGGGAUUCAGUCCAGUCAAGUCCUCAUGGAGUCUGCAAAUUAGUGAUUCCUCGUACUAUAACUCCAACUGUUGUUGGUUUACUAGUUUAAGACGACAAGUUGCUGUGCAACUGCUGAGAUAAGAAAAUGUACAUAAUGUAUAUAAAAAAUAUAUAGAUACCUCCUCGAUGUUUUUUUUGGAAA